UAUAGCUAUAUUUGUUUUCUAUGGCUUUAGUUCGUGUAGUCGUGCAUGCGCUUCACAUUAAAUGGGCACACAGUUUAAUCAUUCAUAUUUCUACAUCGGUUGUUCUGAUAUGGGCUGCUUGACUGGAUCCGUCACAUUGCUUAGGCUACUGAUGUGGAAAAUGCGUAUUGUGACAAUGGUAACUUUAAUGAACUAAACAAAAUAUAAUGGAAGUCGCUUUGGAAAAGAGCUCAAGUUCAUCGACAGUAAACCGUGUGUCUGGAGUUUAUACAGAUGAAACAUAUGAGAUGAUAUCAGUGAUGGAGGGAGAUUCUGUCACUUUAAACACUGAUGUUACUGAAAUACAGAGAGAUGAUCUGUUACUGUGGAUGUUUAAACUCCAAAAUUCAGAGACUCGUAUCGCUGAAAUCUAUAAACAGACCAUCUCUAUAUAUGAUUAUAAAGAGAAUAAUGAGAGAUUCAGAGGCAGACUACAGAUAGAUAAUCAGACGGGAUCUCUGACCAUCACAAACAUCAACAAAUUACACUCUGGACUUUAUAAACUACAGAUCAUCAAUGGAGGAGUCAAACACAAGAGCUUCAAUCUUGCUGUCUAUGGUCUUCUGACUGUUCCUGUCAUCAGUGAUUCUCCUCAAAGCCCUUCAGUAUCUGAAAGCUCAUUAGGUCAGAAUUGUUCACUGCUGUGUUCAGUGUUGAAUGUGAGUCAUGUGACUCUCUCCUGGUUCAAAGGAAACAGUUUAUUGUCCAGCAUCAGUGUGUCUGAUCUCAGCAUCAGUCUCUCUCUUCCUCUGGAGAUUGAGUGUCUGGAUGAUUCCUACAGCUGUGUUGUGGCUUAUUCAUUCAAUAACCAGACUAAACACCUCAACAUCACUGAUCUCUGUCAGCCAUGUUCAGAUGGUUCACAUGUGCCCGGCAAAGGUAUAAUUGCUGCUGUAUUUCUGCUGCUGCUGCUGCUAGUGAUCUCAGGUUUAGCUGUGUGGAUAUUCCGUCGCCGCAGGAGCCACAAACAAGCAGUACAAGAAACUCGGACUACUGUGGAAGAGGUGGAUUAUACCGAUGCAGUAUUUACUACAAACAGAGCUCAGGAUACGUAUGGAAGGAGACUAAUGGACAGGAUCAGACAGAGUGUGUUUGUUGCUGUGACAGAUGAAAUGAAGUCAGUGUCAGUGAUGGAGGGAGAUUCUGUCUCUCUACACACUGAUGUUGAAAUACAGAGAGAUGAUAUGAUACUGUGGAUGUUUAGACCUCAAAACACUCGAAUAGCUGAAAUCAUUAAAAGGGACCAAAUAAACUUAAUUUUUGUGAGUAAUGAUGGGAGAUUCAGAGACAGACUUCAGUUGAACAAUCAAACUGGAUCUCUGACCAUCAACAACAUCAGAUCUGAACACACUGGACUUUAUAAACUGACCAUGAUCAUCAGUGGAAAAACCUCAUUGAAGAGUUUCAGUGUUACUGUCUAUGCUCAUCUUCCCACUCCUGACAUCACCAGUAACUCUUUAAACUGUUCUUCAUCAUCAUCAGGAUCUUCAGUGUCCAGAUGUGUGCUGCUGUGUUCAGUGUUGAAUGUGGGUCAUGUGACUCUCUCCUGGUUCAAAGGAAACAGUUUAUUGUCCAGCAUCAGUGUGUCUGAUCUCAGCAUCAGUCUCUCUCUUCCUCUGGAGGUGGAAUAUCAGGAGAAAAACACCUACAGCUGUGUGAUCAACAACCAGACCAAACAUCUGGACAUCAGUCAGCUCUGUCACACAUGUGCAGAACAGAGCCAGCAUUUAUAUGUGAAUCUAAUGAUAAUAGUCAGUGUGUGGCUGUUGGUGUUCAUUUCUGCUGUUAUGCUGAUGUACUACUGCUGUAGGAAAUUGUGUAAAGCACAACAAAAAGAUCUGACAAUCAUAGAACAGCAGAACAUGUCAGAAUACACACAGAUUAUCUACUGCCUUCAGAAGCAAGAUCUGCCAGAGAUAUGUGGACAGAACAGAGACAGCUGUGAACUAUCGACACACAGUGAAACUGUGUUUAUGAUUAACUGAACAUCUCGCGAAAAUGUUUGUCCUGAAGAAUACCUCCCGUGUUUCUGAUCAUCACCAGAAGUCCUCAUGUUUGAGCAGAUUCUUCAUGAUGAUUCAUUGUCUGCGGUGCUGAAGGAUUCAAAUGAGAUGAGCAGAUGUGCGGAUGAUUCGUGGAUGUUUGAUGGUGGACUUCUGUAGAUUUCUGAAGUUAUUAUCUGAACUGAAUUUACAGUUGAAGUGGAGAGAAGAACAUCAAGAUGAACAUUAAUCAGUGUAAGAUGACCUGUACAAGAACAUUGUUUGGAAAAUAAUUACCAGUUUCACUAAACCUGCUGAAAACGAGCUCAAAAUGAAAUAUGUGAUUUGUCUAAUAUAUAACAAAGUUUCUAAAU